AUGUCUGUUGCAAGGAAUUCAACUGCUUCUGGUGGGAAGAACUACGAUUCGAUCAUGAAGAUUUUGCUUGUUGGUGAUUCUGGUGUUGGGAAAUCCUGUCUGCUGGUUCGGUUUGUGGAGGACCGGUUCAAUCCGUCGUUCAUCACGACUAUUGGGAUUGAUUUCAAGAUUAAGACUGUCGACAUAAACGGGAAGAAGGUAAAGCUGCAACUGUGGGACACUGCUGGGCAGGAGAGGUUUAGAACAAUUACCACUGCGUACUACCGUGGUGCUAUGGGUAUUAUAUUAGUGUACGACGUCACGGACGAGAGAACGUUCAAUAAUAUCAGACAGUGGUUCACGACGGUCACGGAGCAUGCCAACGACGACGCGCAGCUGCUGUUGGUCGGUAACAAAAGCGACAUGGACACGAGGGUUGUCUCGCGCGAACAAGGUGAAACACUGGCAGCCGAGCUGGGGUUGCCCUUCGUGGAGUCCAGUGCCAAGGACGAUGACAACGUCAACGAAAUAUUCUUUACACUGACCAAGUUGAUCCAGGACAAGAUCGACGCAAACACGGUCUCUACUGGGAAUGGCAAGGGUGGGAACAUAAACAUCAAUUCCAGCAGUGCGAAGAGUAGCAGCAAGUCGAAUUGCUGUUAG